AUGAUUCCUAGAAAGAAACCUGUUAAGCAAAGCCCUCGAAGGUUCUCUCCUGAAGUAAUCGAAAGGAUAAAAGAAGAAAUCGAGAGGUUAUUGAAAGCAAAGUUCAUCAGAACCUCAAGAUAUGCUGAGUGGAUAUCGAAUAUCGUGCCCGUUAUAAAAAAGAAUGGAAAACUCAGGGUAUGCAUUGAUUUUCGAGAUCUCAACACAGCUACCCCCAAGGAUGAGUAUCCUAUGCCUAUUGCUGAGACUAUGAUAGAUGCUGCUGCAGCAGGAGAGUUUCUGGGAUUUGUCAUACACCAGAAAGGGAUCGAAGUGGAUAGAAACAAGACUAAAGCUAUCAUGGAAACUAGACCUCCAUCGAACAAGAAAGAACUUCAAUCUCUCUUAGGUAAAGUAAAUUUUCUUAGAAGAUUCAUAUCAAAUUUAUCUGGCAAAACUAAAGUGUUUUCUCCUCUAUUGCGCUUGAAAAAGGAGGAAGAAUUUCGAUGGAAUCAAAGCUUAUUUGGCUCAUCCUCCAGUGCUUGCACCACCCUCUAA